AUGGCACUCCGCAUCGCUCGCCUGGCAGUCUUAGCAGCUACUGUCAAACUGGCAGUUGGCCAAUUCGAUACCACGCCGCCUAAACUGCAGACUACACAAUGGAACUCGACCUUCCAAUUCUCCGCCGAGCAGCUGGCUCUUGGUAACUUAACUGCCGAGUACGGAGAGUCGGUGGCAAACAUUGUCAACUACGAUCGAACCCAACUUGCCAAUGGCGGUCCUUUUGCGGAUGACUUCUACAAACUUCCACCCAACUUGAAGGCGCCCACUGAGCCUGGCGAGAUCAUCAAAGUCGAGGAGUUUACCAACACUUCAGCAUGGUCUAUCCCCUCCGGAUCUGCGCUAUCUCGUAUCAUCUACUCCACCACCAACCUCAACGGCACACUGAUCCCUGCGUCUGCCUUUGUUCUCUGGCCAUACCAGGCAAAGCAGUUCUCGCAUGGAGCGAAACAAAAUGGAUCUACUGCGCCGGUUGUGCUCUGGACCCACGGCACUUCAGGCUUCUACCCAUCUGGCGCACCCUCAGCUCAUCGAUCUCUCUUCUAUGCCGACUUUGUGCCAUUCGCGUUGGCGGAUGCUGGCUACGUGGUUGUCGCACCAGACUACGCUGGGUUGGGCGUGGGAACAUCCUGGGAUGGGAAGCAAAUCCCUCAUCAAUACCUGGUGCGCGAAGCCGGAGCUAAUGAUGCACUCAAUGCCGUGAGAGCCUCAUGGAAGUCCUUCUCAGGCCGUGUGUCAAAGGACUAUGUUGUCAUCGGCCACAGCCAGGGCGGUGCAGUCAGCUGGGGUGUCUCCGAAGUCUUGGCCAGGAAGAACUCUGGCUUCGAGGACGUGGCAAAGCAUCAUUUGGGCACAAUCGUAGUCGCCCCUGCCCAGAACACGCUCUCUUUCUUCCCAGAAGACUUCCUCAACUGGGUUGGCAAAGACCUGGACCAGAUCUACAAGGACUUCAAGCUCAGCGACUGGCUCACGCCUCUGGGACUUGCGCGAACUGAGCUGCUCAAGCAGAUUGAGGGAUCUCAGAUGGCUACUACCUACUUGCUCGGCAACGGAGACGACAUUGUCAAACCUACCUGGAACGAAACUGAUGCCGCCCAGUGGUUCCCCAAGCUGUCCAAUGCGGGAAAUCUUCCGUUCAAGGGCCCGAUGCUUGUCUUCCAGGGCACGGAGGAUCUCACUGGCGGUGGAUACAAGAUUGCUUACGAGACAGUGCAAGACACUUGCAAGACCCAGAAGGGUGAUCUCGAGUUUCUUGCGGUCUUCGGUGUCGCCCACUUCCCAGUGCUCAGGGCCGCUCAACAGACCUGGCUGCACUGGAUAGAGGACCGAUUCGAGGGCCGCAAGGUGGAAAAGAGCGGCUGUGGUGUUUACUCCGAGCUGAAGAGCUUCCUGCCCGCCGACAAGUUGCAAGGUCUUCCCAACUCAUUCCUGCAGUGGGCUGGCCAACGAGAAUGGGGCUACGAGCUACCUACUGCGCUUUAA